AUGAGUUCAGAUAUUCUGAAAAUUAUCCUCUUAAUUGCAAUGACAAUUUUCUCAAUCAUGUUUGGAUGUCUACCAAUCAAGUUGUACUCAAAAUUUAACGAACUCUCAUCACAUAAAGGAGCUUUUCGACAAAAAGGUCAAUUGAUAAUCUCUGUGAUCACUUGUUUUUCGGGUGGAGUUUUUCUGGGUGUUUGUCUGCUUGACGUGUUACCGGACGCUUUGGAUUCAUGGGAUUCGGUGCAGAAAUCCCUUUCCUACUCAUCCGAUUACCCUUUUGUGCCACUCUUUUGUGGAAUCGGUCUCAUGGCUGUUUGGAUGUUUGAAGAGUUCACAAUUCUUUGUCAUAACUAUGCAAAUCGGCGACUGGAUUGUAAAAGUGAAACAAGCUCUUCCGAUGGAGACAUUGAAGGAGACAUUUUGAGACAAAGGAAAGCAACAAUCAUCUCGAGAAUCUCUUCAGUCGCAGACAUUGUUGAACAAAAAGGAUCAAUCACCAAAUCGCUUACUUUUGUCUCAGCUUUCAUCUUUCAUUGUGCUCUUGAGGGAUUUGCUUUUGGGAUACAAAAAGACACAGUCUCAAUAUCUUCUCUGUUUGUUGGAAUCAUGUUGCAUAAAUGUGUUGUCUUUUUCUCGAUUGGUAUCAGAUUGGUGAGAGCUCAUGAAGGAAGAGUAAUUCUUGUGUUUUCUCUAAUAACUCUUGUUGCAAUCACUGCUCCACUUGGAGGUGCUAUUGGUAUUAUUGUUCAGGAUUCGAAAGUUGACAAUGCUGCAAAAGACAUCUCAAUGCUGAUUUUGAGUUGUCUCUCUCUUGGAACAUUCUUGUAUAUUGCAUUUUUUGAGUUAUUGGGUCCCGAGAAAGAAAACAAACGCGCAAAUUUUCUGCAAUGGCUUGGAGCUGUGACUGGCUUUGCUCUAAUCGCCAUCACAAUGAUCUUUGACAAA